AUGGAUCCUUUGCAUGUUACGGCACCUGAAGACGAAAUUGUCAGACUAAACUACUUCCAGGAUUCAGAUAUCUUCGAACAUGAGAAGCCUUAUGAGAUUCUGUCCCAAGCGCCGCCAGGGAUUGAAAGGAGCAACUUUCAGCUCAGGCCUGGACAGCCUGAGACAAUACAUGAUUUGCGCGGUCUACGAACAAUCUUCAAUCUUGAUCAAAAUGGCUUUCAGGUGGUAUCGAACACGCUGAAGACGAGCUGUUUUGACGAGGCCACAAUCAAGAAAGACUAUCUUCCGUCGAUCGAAGCUCUGCUCAAGAGCGUGGAACCAGACAUCGAUGUACACAUUUUUGACUGGACGCUUCGGUCCAGUGGCUUGCCGGACCCCAAGCCUGGCACCAUUGUCAAUCUCAAUGAUCCGAUGCUAUGCUUGAAGCCAGUUCAAGAUGUUCAUGUGGUCGAGGACUGGCCUCUCGCCGUUUGCGACGGCAGUACGGUGCCACCGGAGAAGCUGAUCAAGGUCGAUCACGUACGAAAGCACCACAUUGGAGAGUCACUCUACCCUCUUGAGAGCGAUCGCUACCGGUGGUAUUAUUUGAACAAGCAAACACCAGACGAGGCCCUACUGAUCAAGAUGUUUGAUUCUAAAGAGGAUGUUGUAGCUACGUGCUGUCCGCAUACGUCUUUCCAGAAAAAGAAAAUUGCACCAUCAGGUAAAGCACGAGAGAGCAUUGAAGUGAGGGCUCUGGUAGUUUCAUCUUUUUAA